AUGCCUCGCUCAUCUCGUGGAUCCGUCCGUCCCUCGUCCUCGCACUCGGCCCCCUCGGGCUCCCGCCAGGCCCACACCGCCUCGUACCCCCAGCAGCACGCCCCGGCUCCUGCCCAGCACUACCCCGCUGCUCAGCCCGUCCCCGCCGCUGUCCCCCAGAAGCAGCCCGGCCUCAUGGCCCAGGCCGCCUCGACCAUGGGUGGUGCCGUUGCUGGUUCCGUCGUCGGCCACGGUAUCUCCAACAUGCUCUUCGGCUCGUCCCGCCCCGCCGAGGCUGCCCCUCCCCCUCCAUUCAUCGCAUCUGUUCCAAUCUUCGACGAGAGAGCCGGGAUUUCUUCCCUCGUGGAAGCUCCCACAGUGGGCUCAGAGGGACAAUGA